GACGCAAUUCCUGCUUAUCAAGCAUCAGGAACUUCGAUUAACGAUUAAUAAAGCAAAAUUGACUUCCUGCUUCUGCACCCUUACUUUCUUUACAAUAAAUAAGGGAUCGAUACCCAGCGCCCCUUCCUACGUCAUACCUUCUAUCUUCCUUACCGAAGGAAAACUUGAGAGGAUUUGGCGCAUUACUUCCAAGAGUGCGAAAACCUCCACGAAAAAACGAACCUAUCCCCAAUCAUAACCGAGACAACCACACAAGAUGUCGGCCCCUCACGAAAAGACACCCCAAGACGACGGCCACGAGUCGGAGCCCGAGAUGCUCGAGGCCGACGACGUCGGCGAGGAAGUCAACGUCGACGACGAAGACAUGCCCAUGGACUCUGACGACGAAAACGAAGAGAUCAACCUGCAAAACGACUCGGUCGCCUACUUUGACGCCCACAAGGACUCCGUCUUCGCCAUCGCCCAGCACCCCGUUCACCCAACCCUCAUCGCCACCGGCGGCUCGGAAGGCGACUCAGACGACGCCCCCGGCAAGGGCUACCUUCUCUCCACCGCCGCCGCCGCCUCCCGCCCCGUCCUGCCCGCCUCCUACUCGGGCGACGCCGCCCAACCCCAGUCCACCGAGCUCCAGUUCAUCUACCCGAUCGACGGCCACACGGACAGCAUCAACGCCCUGGCCUUCACCCUCCCCAAGGGCGACUUCCUCGUCAGCGGCGGCAUGGACGGCAAACUUCGCGUCCAUGCCCUCCGCGUAAACUCCCCCACCGCCGAGGCCGCGAGCGUCCAGAUCAAAUUCAUCGCCGAGGCGCAGGAGGUCCCCGAGAUCAACUGGAUCGCCGCCUGCCCGAGCCCCAAAUACCCCAACACCAUCGCCAUCGGCGCCAGCGACAACUCCGUCUGGGUGUACACCAUCGAUAUCGCGGCGGGAGGCGGUAACCCGGCGAAUUGCCUGCAGCUCGUCCAGACGUACUGGCUUCACCAGGCCCCCGUCACCGCGGGCGCGUGGACGCCUGAUGGAAACUUCCUCUGCACUGUCUCCGAGGACGCGAGCUUGUAUGUGUGGGACGUCUGGGGCGAGGCGGCUGCGGCGGGACUGGUGGAGAGUAACGGCCAGACGACGGUGAGCUUGACGGCUGAGGACCAGCGGUUCAUUGUCGAGGGCGGGCUGUACAGCGUCGCGGUGGAUCCCAAGGGCACGUUGGUUGCCGUCGGUGGCGCGGGCGGCGCGAUUCGCAUUGUGAGUUUGCCUAGGCUGGCGAGUUCUGCGCAAGCUGGCAAGGGAGGCAAGAGCAAGAGCGCGUCGGACGUUGUGGCCGGAGGACAGAUUCUUGCGGCGCUACAGACGGCGUCGGAUUCGAUUGAGACGCUGAGCUUCACUGAGGCGGCGGGCGGACCGGGGCAGAUUUCUACGUUGCUUGCUGCCGGGUCGGUGGACGGCAGUGUCACUGUGUUUGAUGCCGGUAGGAGGUUUGCUGUGAGGAGGAGUCUUGGUGUUGGUGCGCACGAGGAGUUUAGUGUGGUCAAGGUGGAGUUUGUCAAAAACAGCUGGUUGCUGACGACGUGUGGUAUGGAUGGUGUUGUGAGGCGGUGGGAUCUCAGAGCGCAGGAUGGCGGGCUUAUCAAGGAGUGGAGGGGGCAUCGGGGUGAUGGAGAGGGUGGCGGUGUGCUUGGGUUCGUGCAGGGAGAGACUGGAGAGAGGAUUGUCACUGCUGGCGACGAUGGUGUUGUUCUGGUGUUUGAGGCUUAAGGACUUGAGUGUCAGGUAUGAAGUCGUGGGAGAACGGGGAGAACUUGCGUUUGCUUGUUGCCAUGUUUUGAUUUUGGGAAUGAUGAUGAGCUUUGGAGGAGGGGCAUAGAUAAAAUAGGGGACAUCAUACGCCUUUUGCGCUGGUAUGAUAUGGACUCGUGGAUUAUUCCAGGUCCCCUUCAUGAAUUGGAGUUUCGCAUUACCGAUA